CCUCCCUGGAAACUGCUGGAACUGGGGGAAAGUGCAAGGAAAAAGCAAAAGCCUGUGAGAGGCCAAAUGAGGCUGCCUGCCCCUUGGGGUGAUGGGCUUAGCUAGUUGAGGGUAAAAAAAAAAAAAGUUGAAGUAGGCGGCUCUGGAAUGGGCUUCUUUGGGCCCGCCCCGUGCCCUUUGUUGCACUCUGUGCCUUGGGAACCCCGACAUGGCGCUGCAAGGCCGGCUGCUCCCUGCUUGGGGCCUCCGUCUGCAAAGGUUUUUCAGUCAUGGAACCCAAAUAUUACAUCAAAGCAUCGAUGCUCCUCGGGCUAAAUUCUUUCCACCCCUCCUAAAAGCAAUGCUGCCACCUAACAGUUUUCAAGGCAAAGUGGCAUUCAUCACUGGGGGUGGCACCGGCCUCGGAAAAGGAAUGACGACUGUUCUGUCUAGCCUAGGUGCGCAGUGUGUGAUAGCUAGCCGGAAUAUUGAUGUUUUGAAAGCUACCGCACAAGAAAUUUCUUCUCAGACUGGAAAUAAGGUCCAUGCUAUUCAGUGUGAUGUGAGAAAUCCCGAUGUGGUUCAAAACACUGUGUCAGAACUGAUCAAAGUUGCAGGGCAUCCUGAUAUCGUGAUCAACAAUGCCGCAGGAAAUUUUAUUUCUCCCAGCGAAAGACUCACUCCUAAUGGGUGGAGGACCAUAACUGACAUAGUUCUAAAUGGCACAGCCUUUGUGACGUUAGAAAUUGGAAAACAACUAAUCAAAGCACAGAAAGGAGCAGCCUUUCUUGCUAUUACAACUAUAUACGCUGAAUCUGGAUCAGGUUUCGUUGUACCAAGUGCUUCUGCUAAAGCUGGGGUGGAAGCCCUGAACAAGUCUCUUGCUGCUGAAUGGGGUAAAUAUGGAAUGCGAUUCAAUGUGAUUCAACCAGGACCUAUAAAAACAAAAGGUGCUUUUAGCCGUCUUGACCCAACUGGAGCAUUUGAGAAAGAAAUGAUCCAUAGAAUUCCCUGUGGUCGACUAGGAACUGUGGAAGAACUUGCAAAUCUUGCCGCUUUCCUUUGUAGUGAUUAUGCUUCUUGGAUUAAUGGAGCAGUCAUUAGAUUUGAUGGCGGAGAGGAAGUAUUUAUUGCAGGAGAAUUCAACAGUUUGGGAAAGGUCACCAAUGAGCAGUGGGAUGUAAUAGAGGGCCUCAUCCGGAAAACAAAAGGUUCCUAAGAGACUGUGACUUUCUUACACAUAGUGGAAAGAAUCAUUUGACUAUAUUCAAGUUUAAUAAAUGGCUAAUUAACA